AUGGUGAAGAAAAGAGUUGCAGAGGAAACAGUUGUCAAGGCCAAGAAAGCCAAGAUCGAUCCAGAACAUUCUGAGGAUGAAUCUGAAGAUCAGCUGGACGAGCUUGAUUCCAACGACGAACACAACGACGAACAAAGUGAAUCCACCAGCAAUAAAGAAAACGGUGAUGAUAAUAGACCAUCCAGGCAGGAACAGAAGAAGCUUCUCUCUGAGAGGAAACUCAAACGUAAGUCUGGUACUCAAGUGGAGAACAUCAAGCGUCUUUGGGAGAAAUUGAGGGUGAAAAAUCCUCCAAUGCCAAAGGAGAUCAGAGACAAGCUCUGUGACGAGACGUGGGAGCUGUCCAAAGAUGUGAUUGGCGAUCUUGUUCUAAAGCACGAUGCCUCACGUGUGGUCCAGACGCUUGUGAAGUACUGUUCCAAAGAGCGUCGGGAGAUCAUUACGAGAGCUCUCAAAGGCAACUUCUACAAUCUUGCUACCUCAGCUUACGGAAAGUAUCUGUUGAUCAAGCUGCUGCAUUAUGGCUCCAAAGAUUCAAGAGAGCUUAUUCUGUCCGAGCUCCACGGAAAGCUCCGCAAAUUAAUUCGUCAUAGAGAAGGUGCGUACGUCGUGGAGGACCUGUAUGUGCUAUAUGCUACCGCGAAACAGAAGUCUCAAAUGAUCCGGGAGUUUUGGGGUUCAGAGUAUGCUGUAUUCCGUGACCCUAAUGACACGCGUACGAUCAAGGAGGUUUGUGCUGAGUCAGCCGAGAAAAGAGCCCUGAUCGCCAACAAUCUCAUCACCACCAUCCGUGGCUCUGUGGAGAAAGGAUCCACCGGUUUCCAGAUUCUCCAUGCUGUCAUGCGCGAGUAUGUGCAGAUUUUCGAAAACGACGAAGUGCGCGCGUUUAUUGAGCUGUUACAGGAUCAGGUGGCCGAACUGGUGCACACUCCCGAAGGUUGCGAGGUGGCUUGUACGCUGGUUGCGAAGGCCAAUGCUAAGGAGAGAAAGGCCAUUUUGAAAGGUUUGAAAAGCCAUGCAGAGGCAUUAGCCACCAACGAGCACGGUCAGUUUGUGUUGCAGAUCAUUUUCAUGACCGUUGACGACACCGUUCUCGUCAACAGAACGUUUUCGGGCGCUUUGAAAGACAGCUUCGACAAAAUCAUGGUUGGCAAGUUUUCGAGAAGACCGUUUGUGUAUUUGCUCAACGGACUGGACCGUUCUUAUUUCUCGCCGCUGGUCCUGAAAGACGUUGAAAAGUUCACAGAAAUGGCUGCCGAGACCUCCAAGAAGCCGCAGGACCAACGUCGCAAAGAAUUGCUGAAGAACUUCCUUCCUAUUUUCUACGAGACAUUUUUGCACAAGCCGGUCAUCUUGCACGAGAAUCUGGGUUCUCAAUUUGUUCUGGAGCUUAUUCUGAACAACGAGUUCCCUGAGGAGGCACAGGAAUAUAGACAGCAAGCUCUGGACAUAAUAGUCAGCGAGAUGAAGGAGGAGCUUGGAGAAGAGCAUCUAUUGAACAAACCAUUCACUCCUAGACUGGUCAAGACGCUAAUUCAGGGCGGAAAAUGGAACAACAAGGAGAAAAAAGUUGACGUGGUGGAUGGCAUUGGCAUUGGUAAGGAGUUUGCAUCCGGCUUUGUCGAGAGAGUGUUUGAGAACGGAGAAAAUGAAGACGUUCUCAAAGCAUGGAUCGACGACAAUCAGGGCUGUUUUGUUCUUGUUGCUCUGUUCGAAUGUCUGAAGGAUGUCAAGAAACACUCGUUUCCAAAGAAACUGAAGAAGAUGGACAAGCUGAUCAAGAAACAGGACGACACCAACAAGGGAGCACAGCUGCUGCUCAAGGUGUUUUGA